UUGGAUCACGUAGCACUCUUUGCGCCUGUGCACAAGCUGCGGGGGCCGCCCGAGCUACCGCCGCCCCUGCAGCAGCUCUAUCUAUGGUCUCUCCCUAGAGCUUUGCCGUUGGGGGUAGCUGCUGCGGCUGUGUUCGCCCCGCGCGGCAGCGACAUGGAGGAAUUCGACUCCGAAGACUUCUCCACCUCGGAGGAGGACGAAGACUACGUGCCAUCUGGUGGAGAGUAUAGUGAAGAUGAUGUAAAUGAAUUAGUGAAGGAAGAUGAAGUGGAUGGUGAAGAGCAGACACAGAAAACCAAAGAGAGAAAAAGAAAGUCUCAGAGCAUUCCGGCCAGGAAGAGAAAACAAGGUGGCCUCUCAUUAGAAGAAGAGGAUGAGGAGGAUGCCAAUGAGGAAUCUGGAGGAAGUAGUAGUGAGGAGGAAGAUGGAGCUGCAGAGCCAGAAAAAGGCAUUGAGUCAGAGGAUGCAAAGAAAAAGAAGGAAGAUGAACUAUGGGCCAGCUUCCUCAAUGACGUAGGACCAAAAUCAAAAGUGCCUCUGCGUACACAAGUUAAAAGAAGAGAGGAGGCUGAAGAGACAAGUUCAAGUAAAUUGUUGGUCAAAGCACAAGAGCUAGAGAAACCUAAAGAAACAGAAAAAGUUAAAAUUACCAAGGUGUUUGAUUUUGCUGGUGAAGAAGUCAGGGUGACUAAGGAAGUGGAUGCUACAUCUAAAGAAGCCAAAUCCUUCUUCAAGCAAAAUGAGAAAGAAAAACCCCAGGCUAAUGUCCCUUCAGCUCUGCCAUCACUUCCUGCCGGAUCAGGACAUUUUCAUGAGGAGAUGGAGACCUGCCUGAGAAAAAGCAAGCCGGGAGUCAAACAACAGAAUGAGGUUAAAAAGAUCAAGUGGCAUGAGCAGCCUUCUGGGGAAAAUAGGAGCCAAGAAGCAGAAGAUGAGCACCCUAGAGAAGUCCAAGCUGGACUGGGAGAGCUUCAAGGAGGAGGAGGGCAUUGGCGAAGAACUAGCCAUCCACAAUCGGGGGAAGGAGGGGUACAUUGAACGGAAAGCUUUUCUAGACCGAGUGGAUCACAGGCAGUUUGAAAUUGAGCGAGAUCUCAGGCUGAGCAAAAUGAAACCCUGAUGUGAUGAGGAACCUACAGCAGCUUAAUCCUGUUUACAACGUGAGCUUUUUGUGCGUCUUUGAAAUGUUUCCCGUGUUUCCCAUUGACUGUUUCCCAGCAAGGUCUUUUUUUCUACAUUGAAUUUCUGUCUUUGUAUCUUGAUCUCAUGUGAUUUCAUUCAUUUUACUUUUAAUAGUUUGUCUUUUAAAAAAUAAAAAUUAAAAAGUACAGGUUGGUCCUGUGAGAGGCUGGUGAAGAUGACAGCACUCACCUUUCCUUUGUUCUGCUACAAAGUCCACCAGGCCAAGCCAGCACCUCCCAGGCCUGUCCUGGCCACCAUGGUGGAGAGAGUGACCAGCCUGCACACACGUGAACCCCCAGAGGCUGUAGGGCUCCCUGUGAAGAGGCUCGCCAGUGUUGGUGGAACACCAAGUCCCUGGGCAGCUCUGUUCUCAGUUCCACUCCUGCUUCUCUCCUGAUCUCUUUCUCUCUCCUGAAUGGGAUUCCUAUUUGCUGGUAUAAUGUGAGGCUGAAAAUAAGGAUACACUAUUACUGCAUUAGGGAUUUUUCUUUUCCUUCAGCCAUUUUCAUGUUCUCAAAGUCAACUUCACGUGUGCUCUCACCUCAGUAAUGCUUUAAUUUUUGGUUUGUCAAAGAAGACUCCAAAGGACUUUUUUUUUUAACUCUUUAGGAAAAUUUAAAUUCCAAACUUCAUAUUAAUAAAGCAGUAAACAGCACAUCCUGCCCCUGUGGGCUGGUGGUGGGGAUGUCCUGAGUAACACGGACAGGUUUGGGGGAGGUAGGGUUCCAAAGACUGGAAUUCAGAAUCCUGCCUGGACAUCCGCCAGCUCUGUGACCUUGAGCACAGUUCAGCUUUCUGAACCUUCAUUUUCUGGUCUGUAAGUGGCCUGAGUAAUACCAGAACCUCACAGGGUCGAGAUGAGCCAGUGACAUGUGCAGGGAACACGCACAGGUCUCCCCCUCCAGUCCUCUAAUAUGUGGGCAGAACCUCAUGCAGCCAAGACCUGAUUGUCAGCCCUGCAUGGCCGUGAGGUUAUGACCCUCAUUACUCACUGAGGCCAGGCUGGGUGGUCGGGCUGAUUGAGGUGUGUGCAUCUUCAGUUGAGAAUCAUCUUUUCUGUCAGAGUCUUCUUUGAACCAUAGCCCACAGUUUUUAAGAACAGGUGGAUAAUAUUUUAUCUAGCUCUUCACAUCCACACUUAGUGAAAACUAAUCUGCCUGACUCCCAAAGGAAGUGACAUCUCUUUAUCUAGGAGUCGGGAAUUGCCAAGGAAAAUGUUUGCAGGAAGUGGGGGCCUGAGUCAGCGCCGGGAGGCAGCUCGGUAGCCCUUUGCCGGGCACCGUGCGCCUCCCUUGUCCGUGGCAUGGAUGACUGAGGAGGGCAGCCAAGGAUACUUCCUGCUGGUCUGUGGAGUCCAGAGAAUCCCUGAGAGAUGAGUUUCCUGGCCUUGCUCCUGCCAUCAGUCUUUGUCUUCUUGUCCCAGAUAAACGCAUCACAUUUCCAGAGCAUCUGUUACCUUCCCAUUACUGAAAAAAACUGCCCUAAAACAGCAUAAGGUCAAAGAAUAAAAACAGCCUUCUCUAUGUGUUCUGUUCACCUAUUUCCCAAGGAACACAGUCCUCUAAUUAGGAGCGCUGCAUGAGGUCCCUAGGGGAGAAAGGCCGCAUUAAGAGCUAAGUCUUGAGUGAGGCGUGCGCCACUGGGGCUGAGGACGGGAACAGGACUAGGAGCCCAGGGCCCGAUUUCAUGAGAACUGACAGGUCCAGCAGGCCAGCUGGUAGCUGCUGCUGCAGGAGGGUGCAGAAAACCUCCCUAGAGAAGAGUGGCGUGAUGGUGCUGCUGGUAGCCAGGCAGGGACCAGGAAGGCCAGGUGACAGGGCUCUCCAGGUGCUGUGCUGCCUCUUGGCCUCAGCAGGACAGAGGAGGUGUGUGCGGCGUGGCUCUCUGGAGUGCGUCUUCUUCUGGUAUUUGGUAUCAGUCUUUAGCCAGAACUGGAAUUGCUCAGGCAUGUUGGGUAAGAGUCCAUGACUCUUUUUUUUUUUUUAAUUACCAAAAAACCAGUAAACAGAUAGGAAUUGGUGUAAGAUGGUGGACUCCUGGGGAAGGAUUCAGAAGCUCUUAGCUUCAUCAAUAAAUGAUGCAGUGGUUCCAUGUGCCUAGUGCUUCCUCACAAGUUAUCUGACCAGAAGAGGAAACUUGCCUGAGGUCAGACUGCGGAACUGCCGGCGGUCACACCUAUGUCUUAUGCCUAGAGGACAGAAGGCAGGGGGCCCUGCCGGCGAGA